GCAGCCUUGCGGGGCGCGAGCGCCUCAGACACCAGCAGCCCCUUCCCAGCACGGUGCCAGACGAGGCACCGGGGCUUGCCCAUCCCCUUGGCCCCGCGGCUGCCUGGCUGGGGAGACCCCGCCCCUUCUCGCCCGGGGGACGCGGCUGAGCGCCCCCAGCCCUCGGCCUAGGGCCCGGCGGAGGCUCUGUGCCGCGGGCGGGAAGGGCGCAAGGCGCCGCCAGGGGGCAGCCAGCCACUCCCUCGAUGGGCAGCCGGCCGUUCUAGCCGGUGUCUCGGUAGUAACAUACGUCAUCAGGCGGCGACCCGGUUGCAGCGACGCGCGCGGAGCGGCGGCGGCCGGGAGCGGGGCUGCUCAGAGCGUUCCUCGUCCUGGUGGACCUGCCCGAAGACAUGACUACGCAGUACAGCAUUCUCUUCAAGCAAGAGCAAGCUCAUGAUGAUGCCAUCUGGUCAGUUGCAUGGGGAAAGAAUAAGAAAGAUGGUUCUGAAACAGUAAUCUCAGGCUCUUUAGAUGAUUUAGUGAAAGUCUGGAAAUGGAAUGAUGAAAAAUUAGACCUACAGUGGACAUUAGAAGGUCAUCAACUGGGUGUGGUGUCCGUGGAUAUCAGCCACACUGGUUCCAUUGCAGCAUCCAGUUCCCUCGAUGCUCAUAUUCGCCUUUGGGAUUUAGAAACUGGCAAACAAAUCAAGUCAAUAGAUGCUGGUCCUGUUGAUGCCUGGUCCUUGGCUUUUUCACCAGACUCCCAAUAUCUUGCAACAGGAAGUCAUGUGGGAAAAGUAAAUAUUUUUGGUGUUGAGACUGGGAAAAAAGAAUAUUCCCUGGACACUAGAGGAAAAUUCAUCCUUAGCAUUGCAUAUAGUCCAGAUGGAAAAUAUUUAGCGAGUGGAGCGAUAGAUGGCAUUAUCAAUAUUUUUGAUAUUGCAACUGGAAAACUUCUGCACACGCUAGAAGGCCAUGCAAUGCCCAUUCGCUCAUUGACAUUUUCUCCAGAUUCCCAGCUACUUGUCACAGCUUCAGAUGAUGGAUAUAUCAAAAUUUAUGAUGUACAACAUGCAAACUUGGCAGGGACUCUAAGUGGUCAUGGAUCCUGGGUAUUAAAUGUGGCAUUUUGUCCUGAUGAUACCCAUUUCGUUUCCAGUUCAUCUGACAAAAGUGUAAAAGUUUGGGAUGCUGGAACAAGGACCUGUGUUCACACUUUCUUUGACCAUCAGGAUCAGGUCUGGGGUGUGAAAUACAAUGGAAAUGGUUCCAAAAUUGUAUCUGUUGGAGAUGACCAAGAAAUCCAUAUAUAUGACUGUCCAAUUUAAAUACCCUGAAGCAAUCCUGAUGGCCAACUGUAAUCUACAGGUUUUCAGAAAUACUGAUUGCACUUCUCGUGUUGCCACUUAAAAAAAAUGCUUCUUAUUUUGUUAAUGUGAUAACAUUUUAAUAAUGCUCUUCUGAAUCUUGGACUCUGACAUCAAUAGAAAAAUCCAAAUACUUAUACCAUUUAUAUGUAUUUUUGUCUUAGGUUUGGCAUGAAAGAAUUUACAUUUUUAAAUAAAUGAAAUAACUAUUGUAGCUACAAAAUAUUUUGUCUCAAGUGCAGACGCUGGAAUGUAUGUAUUUGGAAAUAUAUACUUGUGUGUAGUAUCUGCUCACUUAAGCUACCUCCAUAUCUUUUUUUUUUUUUUUUCUUCUUCUGAACUAUAUAAAUAAAUUUGAGUCUGAAAUUGUU